GCCGGAGGCGGGGCGGGGCGCGGCGCGGCGAGGCGCUUCUGUGCCGUGCUCCAGUCGCCUGCCAUGGAGGAGCAGAGAGAGACUCUGCAAAGGAUCAUCUCUACCCUUGCAAGCAAAAAUGAUGAAAUUCACAACUUCAUUGACAUGCUGAACCAAACAAUACAGAAUGUUCAGAUAAACUCUUCUAAUGUGAUUAGUGAAUUGGAUGAUGAAUUUGAUGCCCUGUAUUCUGUAUUGGAUGAGAUGAGAGGGAGUAUGGCUAGCACUAUUCAGCAAGAACAGGCUCGUAAAAUUCAAGCUCUUCAGAAUCAGCUUAGCAACUGUAGUAAUGCCCUGGAGAGUUCUGAAGAGCUGCUGGAACUUGCUGCGCAGUCGCUGGACAUAAAGGACCCUGUGAAAUUCUCAGAGGCUGCCAGACAGAUCAAAGAUAGAGUCACAAUGGCUUCAGCAUUUCGCAUCUCUCUGAAACCAGAGGUCAGUGACAGUAUGACUCACUUGAUGGUGGACUUCACCCGGGAAAGGCAUGCCCUCCAGACUGUUAAGUUUUUGCCAGUUCCUAAAGCUCCGAUAAUUGAUUUGGCAGCAUGUCUAGUCAUUGAUAACUGUAUAACAGUAUCAUGGAGAAUGCCUGAAGAAGACAGCAGAGUUGAUCACUUUGUACUGGAAUAUAGGAAAACCAACUUUGAUGGGCUUGCUCGUGUAAAAGAUGAACAGUCUUGGGAACUGAUAGACUAUAUUAAAGCUACUGAAUAUACAUUAUCAGGUCUAAAGUUUGAUACAAAAUAUAUCAAUGUCAGAGUACGAGCUUGCAACAAAGCUGUGGCAGGGGAAUACUCGGAUCCUGUGACUCUGGAAACAAAAGCAUUUGUGUUCGAUUUGGACAAUACUUCAUCUCAUGUGAACUUAAAAGUUGAAGAUUCCUAUGUUGAAUGGGAACCUACUGGAGGUAGAGGCCAAGAAAAAGUAAAAGGGAAAGAAAAUAAAAGCAGUGGCCAGAAUACUGUGCUGAAGAGCAGUAAAAGAAGCGGUGCAUCUCCAAAGAGGACAUCUAUUGGUGGAAAGGCCCCAGUGAAGGGCAGCAGAGAUCGUUUUGCUGGUGAAUCGUACACCGUGUUAGGAAACAAUGCUAUUGAAAGCGGGCAGCACUACUGGGAAGUGAGAGCACAGAAGGACUGCAAAUCCUACAGUGUGGGUGUGGCGUAUAAAACGCUGGGGAAAUAUGAUCAGCUGGGAAAGACUAACAUAAGCUGGUGCAUCCAUGUCAACAACUGGCUGCAAAACACACUUGCAGCAAAACAUAAUAAUAAGACCAAGACGCUGGAUAUGCCUGUUCCAGACAGGUUAGGAGUGUACUGCAACUUUGAUGGAGGUCAGCUCACGUUUUACAAUGCAAUCUCAAAGGUGCCACUAUAUACCUUCAGAAUGAAGUUUACACAGCCAUUGUUACCAGCCUUCAUGAUCAGGUGUGGUGGUCUUGCAGUAAGUACUGGUUUGCAGGUGCCAAGUGCAGUGAAAACACUCCAGAAAAAUGAAAAUGGAUUGAGUGGAUCAACUGGUAGUUUAAACAAUAUUGCCCAAUAAUGUCUAUUGAACACUUCUAUUGUUGACUUUUUUUUUUCAGUGCAGCUGCUACGUGCAGAAACCUGAGAAUUUGUUUGAUAAGUAGGUGGGAAAAUCAAGAGUUGGAGCUAUGUACUUUUCUAUUACUGUACUUAAGCAUUUUGUUAUGAACUUGAAUAUUAAUUAUGUUACAAAUAUUUUUCUAUGAAGAAUAUAACAAAUAGCAUUUUCUUAGCUCUCCUAGCAAGAAUUAUUUGACUAUAUAUUAAUACUACUGGUCUUCUUGUACAAACAUGAGAUAACAAGUAAGCAUUUCAAAAGAGUAUCUAUUCAUGUAAGAGAUUGUAGGGUAGACAUGAAGAAAUAGAGUAAUCUGUGCUUUUUUUCUGAUUAAAAAAAUAUAUAUCAAAAAUUAACAGUACUUUUGGAUUCGUAGUCAUACAUUUCUUUCACAGAUCACAUAAAAUGAUAGGUUUUCUAUCUCAGUUCUUACCUGGAAGUUUAAUAGUAGUCAAAUGAUUUAUUAGUGGGAGAGCUUCAAAACAAACAAAAAACAGCAGCAACAAAAAAGGCAUGUUAUAUUCUUUGUGGAAAGAGUUAACAUUUCAAUGAGAAUUAUUUGUGUAUCACUGACUGUUUAGAAAUCUGCUUGCUUCCCUCUAAUCAAGUCAAAGAGCUUUGAAAUAUUUUUUUCAGAUAUGUUAGGGCUGCUCUGAAAGUAAUGCCUUCCAGUUUAUUAUGUUGGCCCACAGUGUCAGAAGAGGUGGCAUGGUAGUAGAGGGUAAACCUGGGAAGGAAUAACUGCAUGCAUCAGUAUAGAUUUGGGACUGGCCUGCUGGAAAGGAGAAAGGAGCUCUGCAGAGGAUGUCCUGGGUGUCCUGGUGGACAACUGGUUGGCCAUGAGAUAGUGGUGUGCCUUUGUGGCCAAGAAGGUCCACGAUAACCUACCUAGGCCACAAUAAAAAGAAUGUGGUCAUCAAGUCAAGAGAGGUGAUUUCCCCCUCUACUCUUCCCUGGUGAGGCCAUGUCUGGAGUAGUGUCCAGUUCUGGGUUCUCCUAGUACAAGAAAGAAGGGGAAACUAGUGUUGAGAGUAAAACAGAGAGCUACAGAGAUGAUUAAGGGCCUCUCCUGUAUGAGAAAAGGCAGAGAGACCUCAGACUGCUUAGCCUGGAAAAGGCUGAGAGAGGAUCUUAUCAACACUUACAAAUACCUGAAGGACCGGAGUCAAGAGGAUGGGCCCCAGCUCUUUUCUGUGGUGCCCAGCAACAGAACAAAGGGCAACAGGCACAAGCUGGAACAAAGGAAGCUCAGUCUGAACAUAAGGAAAAACUUCUUGGCUUUGGGGGUGGCAGAGCACUGGAACAAGCUGCCUGGAGAGGUUGUGGAGUCUCCCCUGGAGAUUUUCAAUACCUACCUGGAUGCUUUCCUGUGCAACCUGCUGUAGGGAACCUGUUUUUUCAGAUAGUUGGAAUCGCUGAUUUCCAGAGGUCCCUUCCAACCCGUGGUUCUGUGAUUAUGUGACAUAAUCCUUAAAUAAACAGCAUCUGAAGCUAUUACAUAAGCAGUUGUUACUAUCCAAAUUUCAAGUAUUUCUUCCUUAUUUCUUUAGUUUUUUUUAUUGCAGUGAACACCUGAGUAGAGCUCAUCUGCUAAGAUGUCACUGUCAUGUGAGAUUUGCAUGCCUGGGCCCUAGUGGUGGUCAGAGAGAAAAGAAUUAUGACAGUUCCUUCUUAUUUUAAGACUUAUUCCUUAGGCUGUGGUUAAUAGACAUCUAAAUAGCCAAGUGCCUGUUCAUGCUACCCACUCAUCUGCCCUACUAUACCUACCUACCCUACUAUAAAUAUAAUCUUUUCUUUCCAGAGGAGAAAGUGUGUAAUGAGAAACAGUGAGUAAUCUCUAACACUGUAAUGGGAGUGUAACAAGAGAGGUCACAAGUGGUGUCCCCCACGGCUUGGUACUGGGGCUGGUUCUAUUUAACAUCUUUUUUAAUGAUUUCAAGGGGGUUGAGUGCACCCUCAGUAAAUUUGCAGACGGCACCAGUUUGGGAGGUAGUGUUGAUCUGCUGGAGGGGAGAAAGGCACUACAGAGUGACCUGAAUAGACUGGAUGGAUGCGCCAAGGUAAACUGUGUGAGUUUCAGUAGGGCCAACUGUCAGGUCCUGCAUUUUGGUCACAGCAACCCCAGGCAACACUACAGGCUUUGGGAGGAGUGGCUGGAAAGCUGCUUGAUAGAAAGGGACCUUGGUGUACUGAUGGACCAUCGGCUGAAUAUGAGCCUGCAGUAUGCCCAGGUGGCUGAGAAGGUCAAUGGCUUCCUGGCCUGUAUCAGGAAUGCUGUGGUGAGCACGACUAGGGAAGUAAUCCAGACCCUGUACUCGGCACUGGUGAGGCCCCACCUGAGUACUGUGUUCAGUUUUGGGCACCUCAGUACAGAAAGGACGUGGAGGUGCUGGAGCAGGUCCAAAGAAGGGCAACAAGGCUUGUGAAGGGCUUGGAGAAUAUGCCCUAUGAGGAGAGGCUGAGGGAACUGGGGCUCUUUAGUCUGGGGAAAAGGAGGCUGAGGGGAGACCUUAUUGCUCUCUUCCAAUAUCAGAAAGGAGACUGCAGGGAGAGUGGGGUAGGUCUUUUCUCACUGGUGACAGGUGACAGAAUGAAGGGAAAUGGCCUCAAGUUGUGCCAGGGUAAGUUUAGGUUGGAUAUUGGGAAAAACUUCUUUACAGAAAGGGUUGUAAAGCACUGGAAUAGGCUCCCCAGGGAGGUGGUUGAGUCACCAUCCCUGGAUGUGUUUAAAAACCAUUUGGAUGUGGUGCUCAGGGACAUGAUUUAGCAGAGGGUUGUUAGAGUUAGGGUAGCAUGGUUAGGUUGUAGUUGGACUUGGUGAUCUUUGAGGUCUUUUCCAACCUGAGCAAUUCCAUGGUUCUAUGAAGAGCACUGAAAAGGGAGGUGAUGUUCCCCCCUCUGCUCUGCCCUUGUGAGGCCCCAUCUGGAGUACUGAGUCCAGGCCUGGGGUCACCUAGCAGAAUAAAGAUAUGGAGGUCUUGGAGCAAGUCCAGAGGAGAUCACGAAGUUGAUCAAAAGGAUGGAGCACCUCUCCUUAUGAAGAAAGGCUGAGGGAGCUGGACUUCUUCAGCCUGGAGAAGACAUUGGGGAGACCUCAUUGCAGCUUUCCCACAGUUGAAAUACUUACAAGCAAGAGAUCAACUUUUUACAUUGUCUCCAAGUGAUGAGACAAGGGGGAAUAGUUUUAAACUAAAAGAAGGGAGAUUUGGCUUAGAUGUCUGAGUAAUUUACUGAGAGGGCGGUGAGGCCCUGGCAUAGCUGCCCAGAGAAGCUGUGGUGCCCUACCCCUGGAGGUGCUUAAGGCCAGGUUGGAUGGGGCCCUGGGCAGCUGAGCUGGUGGGGGGCAGCCCAGUGCAGAGUGGAACUGAGUGGGCUUUAAGAUCCCUUUCAACCCCAACUAUUCUAGGAUUCUAUGAUUGUAAUUAUGAAAUUGUUUCAGAAAGUUGUAGUGAAACCUGUAAGGUAAACUUGAUUAUACACCAAAUGUAUAAUGCAUGAGAGCUGCUCAGAAAGUAAUGCCUCCUAUUUUAUUAUGUUGACCCAUGGUGACAGAGGCAGAUGGUGGUGGUAUGGCAGUAGAGAUCGAAUCUUCUGGGCAAUAUUUUGUUGCCAUAUGAGAGAUGAUAGCAGAGGGGCAGUCUGACAGAAUGGUGUCUGACGUGGAAGUGGGAGUGAAGCAAAGCUGUGUCAUUGAAUUCCUCCAUGUGGAAACAGUGGCACCCACUGACUUUCAUCGACUCUUGCUGAAUGUGUAUGGAGACCAAACAGUGGAUGUGAGUAGAGUUGAGGCAAUGGGUGGUUUCAUCAGUGGCCACAGGGGGUCACUUCUGCUGGAGCAGAUUUUUACAAGCCUGCAUGCUGCACUCUUGCUCACAGCUAGGAAAAACACAUAGCUAAUGGUGGUGAUUGUAUUGAAAAAGUGUUUUGUAGCUGAGAAUGUGCUCUAUCAAAUAGUAUUUAUCUUUGUAUCUGUUGUAGUUUCCAUGGAAAUAAGAGGCACUACUUUCAGAGCAACCUAUGUAAUCUUUUUCUUUAAUGCUUAGUUUGAAGGAAGCGUGAAGUGUUUCAUACUGUGAUUUUUUUUGACUUGCGAGUUUUAGUCUAACCAGCGUCCUAAAUUAACUUAACAUGUGACUUCGUACUCUUGAAAGAUAAAUUUGUUACAAUAGUUUGCACAGAUGUCAGAUCUUUGCUGCUAACAGCUAGUUCCAUUGUUGUUUGUUUUUUUCUAGUAAAUGGGGAUAUGAAGAAUUGCCUUAAGCACUUUAGAUUUUUUUUUUAGACUCUUUUUUGAGCUAGUCUCUGUUUUGACUUGAGUACCAGUAUAUUAGUGAUACAGUUGGUGCACUGUUUGUACAAGGUAUAUUAAUAAUAUCUGUUAAGAACUUGCUCUGCGGGUAAAGAGAGAUGCACGCAGCCUUUGGAGCUGCUUUUUCCCAGAAGAAGCUUCAGGGAUUGGAGGGGCAGUUCUCUGGUGGGGAUUAUCUUCUGUCCAACGCAGUAACACAGCUGGUGACUUCAGUACUGAGCCUCCCUGCUCUGGAGCCAGAGACUGUUUGGUGGCAAGUCAGGGGAGAUCUUCUAAAUGACCAAAUUGAGAUUUUGCUAUUACUUAGUUAAGCAGUUACUGGCAGUAUUUCAGAGUUAAAAUAUCUUCAGCAUAACUUGUAAGGAACUGGAGGUUUCCCCUGAAUGAACUUAGCAGGUUAUCUUCAUUUCUGUAACAAGCUGUGUGAACUUAGGAAUGCAGCCUGCAGAAAGGAUGAUGUACAAGCAUCCAGCUGAUAGGCGUUCCUUUAAAUACCAAAUUGAGAAGGCAGAGAGGGACUUGUCUUUCUUUCCUCGUCGCUUUUUCUCCUCAGAGAACGGCAUGAAGCUAUUGCACAAACCUCCUUCGCUGCUUCUCGUAUUCAGACAGCGGAGGCACGCCACCCCGAGCUCGGUCGCACUUCACGCUCAGGGGCCGGGCCGCUCCGCCGGAGCUCAUCUCAUCGCCCACCACGCUUCGGCCCACCCCUCGGCAGCCCCCCUGCCCACAGGCCUGUCGGCGCCCGAGGGAGGCAGGGCGCCUUCUGCUGUCUCUCACGUGUGUGUGUGUGAGUGUGUGUGUGUGUUGCAGGCGUUUUGUAUUACUAAAUAAAGCUGAAAGCUGAUGCGUACACCUCCA